AUGGCAUUCGAUUAUAGAUCAUUUUCUGGUAGUAAUACCACUACCCGCAAUGAUUCUAAUUCAUUAUUGAGUAGUUAUCUGAACAUAUCGUUUAAUGAACCUGAACAUGAAUUUUCAUUAAACCACAAACGACCCUUUCUCCAAGAUGACGAUAAAACAGAAUUACCACCUCGUCUAAGUUCAUAUAGUUUAGCAGCAAUACACGAUAAACCAAAAAGCCAUCAUCUACAGCAUCCUUCAACAAGUGAGUCAAUGAACAUAAUCACUGCUCCAAUCACGGGUAAAUAUGAAAACGAUUUUUCUGAAAACAUCACUAAGUUUAGAAAUAAAUUAGCAAAACAUCUUCUAAUUAAUGAAAAUAAUGAAAUCAAGGAGAAUAAUCCGAAUGAAUUCCAUCAACGAAAUACUUAUACCAACAGUCAAUAUUCUAAUAAUUGGGAUGAUUUUACACCUGGCAAAUCAAAUCAUAGUACAUUGGGGAAAACAACUGUAACCAUUCCAGAUGAUGGUUAUCGUCCCAGUAGUCAGGAUGGAUUCGAACCAAUUCAUCAUCUUCCAAAGAGAAAGCGAAGAUUUGGAAAACUAUUGGGUCGUCCUAUACGAGUUUCAGAAACAUUAUCAGAAAGUCCCAUGGAUAAUCCAUAUCCUGAACUCUAUUUAGAUAGAUUCUCCCCUGUUUUAAGAACCUCAAAUAACGAAAUUGGACUGGAUCCAAUAUUCGGUCGGCUUAAAGAAUCUCCGGAGUUUGUUUCAAGGGCGGAAAGACCAUAUCGAGAAACUAAUAGAGUCGUAUCAGAGCCACCAGCACUACCUAAAAGCACACUACUGCCAAGAGAAGUCAGAGGUUACAGAAACAGAGUCACACUGGAAUCAGGCAGAGACUUUGAUCCACAAAAAUAUUCAUUCCCCAACAUAUUGCAAGAUAUCAAUCAAAGAAAGGUAUUUGACGAUAAAGAAAAUCAUCAAUAUCCACUACCAUCACAAUCUUCCAGACAAUAUAACUCUAGACAACCUUUAGCCGAACGUCCACUUAAUCAAUUAAACCAAGAACCAGAAGUUUUUAGAAAACCAAAAUUGCCAAAGCUGCAUAGCAACAUUGUUAAAUCACCAUCACCGAUUAUUCAACAAUUCCCAAUCCCAGACAGAAACCCAAUUCCAGAGUCCAAGGUACAUUUUGAACGUCCAACGCAUUCCCGAGAAUCCGGUGUCAGUGAUCCAUCAGACGAAGGAGCUCCUAGAAAUAAGAAUAUCAUUACCAUAAAUGGAAAGCAAUACGAAAAGAGAGAUAUAAUAGGUACAGGUGGUUCUUCAAAAGUUUAUGGUAUUAGAGACUUGUCUAAUAAACGAAACUAUGCCAUGAAAAAGGUAAGCAUAGAUCAAUAUGAUAAAUCAUGUGCCGAUAAAUUUAAAGAAGAGAUUUCAUUAUUAUUAAAACUACAAAAAUCGGAAAGGAUUGUGAAAUUAAUUGAUUUUUGUAUGACGGAGAAUUCAAUCUAUUUAAUUAUGGAAAAGGGUGAUGGCGACUUAGCACUGACUUUACAUCAUAGAUCCAAUAUGAAAAACCCACCCGAUAUGUGUUUCGUCAAAUGUUAUGCGAGAGAAAUGUUACUUUGCCUUAAAGAAGUUCAUGAUGCUGGAAUUGUUCAUAGUGAUUUAAAACCUGCCAAUUUCUUAUUAGUUAAAGGGAUUCUCAAACUUAUUGAUUUUGGUAUUGCUGAUGCAGUGCCUGAUCAUACUGUGAAUAUAUAUCGUGAAUCACAAAUCGGUACACCUAACUAUAUGGCCCCGGAAACACUAACUGUAAACCAACCAGGUGUACAUACUAAAGAUACUUGGAAAGUAGGGAAACCUUCCGAUAUUUGGUCAAUUGGAUGUAUUAUAUAUCAAAUGAUUUAUGGUAAGGCUCCAUAUGCUUCCUAUUCUGGUCAUCAAAGAAUCUUAGCAAUCACUAAUCCUGCAAUUAAGAUAAAAUAUCCAAAUAAAGGAUUGGGUGGUGUUCGUGUACCUACAGGUGCAAUAGUAUUGAUGCAGAAUUGUUUGGCACAUCUGCCUAAUGAUAGAUGGACAGUUGAAGAAUGUUUGGAUUGUGAUUUCUUUAAUCCUAAGGGAGUAAGUGAGGGCUUUGUGAGAGAGGUUGUACAUCAAACGAUUAAUUAUGGGUAUAAUAAGAGAAUAAAUGCCGAUGCUAUAUCCAGUGAUGAUAUCGAGGCGUUGGUUAAUGAUGUUAUGGACGGGAUUCUGAAUUUAAACUAUAGUUGA